GCAAAAAUGCAGCAGAUUCGUCAAUUAGGCUGGCAGAAGAGAACAACAUUACUGUAGAGGAAACACCUUUAGAGACCGUUUAUAUGCCUUCCCCAGAUCUCUUUUCCUUCCGAACAGUAACCAGCGAAGAAGUACGCCGUGUCAUUGCAUCCCUGCCAUUGAACAAACCCCCUGGACCAGACAAGAUAAACUCUCGAAUCCUCAAAGACUGUCUCCCUGUUAUACUAGGACCCCUAACACAUAUAAUUAACUGCUCUAUAACCUCUCAUACAUUCCCUACUGCAUGGAAGGAAGCGGAAGUGAUUCCCAUAGUGAAAGACGGAGACCACGAAGUAGCGUCAAACAACGGCCGGAUAUCUCUUCUUGCCAUAGCUUCUAAG